ACGCAUGCGCAGGGACAAACACUUCCGGUAAAGAUGGCGGUGAGCAGAGGGCUUACGGGACUGUGGAGGACAUGCAGCAUGUUGUCACCCAGACUCCCUCUCCUGUCCGCCGCUGCUGUCCGGCUACAGAGCUCCGUGAGCGGGGGCCUGGUGCCCCAGACGUCGCUGUCCAGGCCGCCGUGGGCGCAGCAGACGAGCCCGGUCCCGGUCUCGGAGGAGGAGGAGCGGGGUCGACACGCCGCGGUGGUGAGCACCGUGAACCAGCGGAUCCAGCGGCAGGACUUCGGGCGACUCUUCGCCGUGGUGCACUUCGCCGGGCGUCAGUGGAAGGUCACCGACGAGGACCUGAUCCUGAUCGAGAACCACAUCGAGGCGGAGUGCGGGGAGCGGAUCCGCAUGGAGAAGGUGCUGCUGGUCGGGGCGGAGGACUUCACCUUGAUCGGCAGGCCGCUGCUGGGGAAGGAGCUGGUCCGGGUCGAGGCCACUGUGCUGGAGAAGACCGAGUCCUCCCCCAAGGUCCACAUGCGGUUCUGGAGGAGACACCGGUUCGAGCGCAAGAAGAUCAUCAUCCAGCCACAGACGGUGCUGAGGAUCAACAGCAUCGAGCUGGCCCCCAGACUGACAUGAUGAAGAUGAAGGCUGGAUUAUUUCUCACACAGACUGCGGGUUUGUUUGUUCUGAUCGAUUAUCAAUAUGUAAACAAACAUGUCCGGACUGAGAGCGGCGGAUUUACUCCUGUAAAUAAACAACACGCUGCACAGACAUGAUGAAAUAUCCAGUGUCUGUGUUUUCAAUA